AGGACCACUUACUAAUAAAUACACACCACAUGCUUUAGCGAAUUUUGUACCUCUUCUCAGACCUUCCUUUGGCAUCUUCAGUUCAUAAAUAUCUCAUUUCUUUUCAUAAGGUUAACUUUGAUUGUUAAGAAUAGUAAAGCUUUCUGCGAAUUCAGAUUUCAAUCCAAAAGACAAGCAAUUUAAACCAGAGAAUGAAUGGUAAAGCUGUUGUUGAAGAUGCAUACCUUUACAGUGAAGAGACGAAUCUCACAGUUCUCAAGACUUCCCUUUUCUUCACUGGCGAUGGCUUCACUGCCUACGAUUGCAAAGGCGAGCUUGUUUUCCGAGUCGACACGUAUGGACCGGACUCUCGUGACCUGGGUGAACUCGUUCUAAUGGACGCCACUGGUAGAUGCCUUCUCACUGUUCGACGUAAGAGGCCUAGUCUACAUAACAGGUGGGAAGGAUUCUUAGGAGAAAGAGAGGAGGGACAAAAGCCAAUAUUCAGCGUGCGUAGAUCCUCAAUAAUCGGAAGAUCGAGCGUGGCGGUGGAGGUAUACAGCAAUCCAAUGGAAGAGUAUCAGAUCGAAGGGUCAUUUGCGCAGAGGAACUGCACGUUUUUGAACGCCGAUAAAGUAUCAGUAGCUGAGAUUAGACGCAAAGUGGAUGCUUGUGCCAAUGUAGUGCUUGGGAAGGACGUUUUCUCUUUAUCAGUUAAGCCUGGUUUUGAUGGCGCUUUCGCCAUGGGAUUAGUCCUCGUGCUGGAUCAGAUUCAAGGCGAUGAUUAUGUUAAUCCUAACGAUAAUAGGGUCGAUGUGGACCCCAUCUCCGAUGAUCCCAAUCUUUCUUCUUGAAUUUUCAUUCCAUGUCACUGUAAUCUAUAAAAUUAAUCUUUUCUUUUGUUCCCUUUUUGAUUUUAUGUAAAAUAAUAAAUCCUACUAACUGAAA